AUGUUAUCUGAAUUGGGUAGGAGGCCGAUGCUCAGAAACAAUGAAAAUUCUUUUGGAGAUGAGUUGGAGAAGGACAUGGGAUUGCUGCUUCGUGAACAGCGGAGCCAGGAGGUUGAUGAUCUAGAGAAUGAGCUGAAUUUGUACAGGAGCGGGUCAGCUCCACCUACUGUUGAGGGUUCCCUGAAUGCUGUGGGUGGGUUGUUCAACGACGGUGGCGGCGGCAACAGCGGUGGCUCAGCUUUUGCUGAGUUCAUUACGAACAAGAAUGGGAACGGGUUUAUUUCUGAGGAAGAUCUUAGGUCUGAUCCUGCAUAUUCCUCCUACUAUUAUUCAAACGUCAAUCUAAACCCAAGGCUACCGCCACCUUUAAUGUCAAGGGAGGAUUGGCGGUUUUCACAGAGGCUGCAAGGAGGGAAUUCUGCAAUCGGGGAUAGGAAGAAGGUGAAUCAGAGUAAUAGUGUUGAUGGGGAGACAUCACUUUUUUCAAUGCCACCAGGGUUCAAUUCGAAGAAGCAAGAGACUGAUAAUCAGGCUAAUAAAGUGCAGGGUUCUGUGGAAUGGGGUAGUGAUGGACUCAUUGGUUUGCCUGGACUUGGACUAGGCAGUAAGCAGAAGAGUCUAGCUGAAAUAUUUCAGGAUGACUUGAACCGUGCUAAUCCUAUAUCUACACAUCCUUCACGCCCAGGAAGUCGAAAUGCUUUUAAUGAGAAUGCUAAUCCUAUGAGUUUGGCUGAGGCAGAGCUGGCUCAUUCUCUCCAUGAUUUGACUUCUCCAGACCUUGUACGCUCUACUUCAAAUAUCCAGGGCUCAUCUGCUACUCAACAUGUUGGACCGCCUGCAUCAUAUUCUUAUGCUGCUGCACUGGGUGCUUCCUUGUCAAGAAGCUCGACUCCUGAUCCUCAACAUAUUGCACGGGUUCCUAGUCCUUGCCCUACUCCCAUUGGAGGAGGCAGGGUGGGUGCUUCAGGAAAGAGAAAUGUUAACAGUCCCAACUCCUUCAACGUCAUUUCAUCUCACACAAAUGAGUCUACAGAUCUUGCAACUUCUUUGUCAGCCUUGAAUAUUUCAAAUGGUGUUAUGGAUAAGGAGAAUCAUUUAUCAUCUCAGAUUGAACAGGACGUCGAUGACCACAAGAAUUAUCUCUUCAAUUUUCCAGGUGGUCAGAAUAACACAAAUCAUCAAAAAUACAUUAAGAAAUCUGAAGCUGGACAGUUCAAUAUGCCUUAUGUUGCCCAGUCGUUAAAAAUGAUGGUUUCUGAAUCUGGUAUAAGCAAUGGUGGUGGUGCAGAUCUCAGCAACUCUUUGCUUCCUUCCGAGCUUCACAAAACUGUUCCUUCUAAUAGCUCAUACCCGGAACGAUCUUCAAUCUCCGCCAUUAAUGGUGGGGGUGGCGUACUUUCUCAAUAUCAGUAUUCACAUAGUCCACAUAGUCCAAAUCAGCAUUUAUAUAGUCCAAAUCUAUCAUUCUCUCGUUAUGGUUUAAGUGGCUACCCCACAAGUCCAAUAACAAGCCAACUUGGAAAUUCGAAUUUGCCUCCUUUGUUUGAGAACGCUGCUGCUGCAUCUGCUAUGGCUGUACCAGGGAUGGACUCUAUGAUGUUGGGGGGAUCAAAUCUAGGUGCUGUUGCCUUCGACCAAAACCUCAGUCGGAUGGGAAAUCAGAUGUCAACGAAUGUGCUGCAGGCACCUCUUGUUGACCCUUUGUAUCUUCAGUACUUGAAAACAGCUGAGUAUGCUGCAUCACAGGUUGCAGCUCUUAACGAUCCUUCUGUUGAUGUGAACUACUUGGGUAAUUCGUACACGGGCUUCCUUCAGAAAGCUUAUCUUGGUUCUCUAUUAUCUCCGCAGAAAUCACAGUAUGGUGUGAACUUGGGUGGCAAGAAUAGUUAUUCUAUUCCUCAUGGCUACUAUAGCAAUCCUGCGUAUGGCGUUGGGUUGUCAUAUCCUGGAAGUCCCCUACCAAAUCCUGUACUUCCAAAUUCUCCUAUGGGACCUGGCAGCCCCAUGGGGCAUGGUGAAUUCAACAUGAGAUACCCUGGUGGGAUGAGAAACAUAGCUGGGGGAGUCAUGGGACCUUACAUGGAGAACACCUUUGCUUCAUCUCUGCUGGAGGAGUUUAAGUGUAAUAAAACCAAAUGUUUUGAACUUUCUGAUAUUGGUGGUCAUGUUGUCGAAUUCAGUGCGGAUCAAUAUGGAAGCCGAUUCAUUCAACAAAAACUUGAGACUGCCACAAUAGAGGAGAAGAGCAUGGUUUUUGGGGAAAUUUUUCCUCAAGCUCUUACUUUGAUGACGGAUGUGUUUGGAAAUUAUGUAAUUCAGAAGUUUUUUGAACAUGGAAUGGCAUCUCAGAGAAGAGAGUUGGCUAGCGAACUUUUCGGACAUGUACUUACACUGACCCUCCAAAUGUAUGGUUGUCGGGUGAUUCAAAAGGCAAUAGAAGUUGUUGAUUUAGAUCAGAAGAUCAAAAUGGUUGAAGAACUUGAUGGUCGUAUCACGCGUUGCGUUCGUGAUCAAAAUGGGAACCAUGUGAUACAAAAAUGCAUUGAAUGUAUACCGGAGGAGCAUAUUCAGUUCAUUAUCUCAACAUUUUUUGACCAAGUUGUGACUCUUUCCUCUCAUCCAUAUGGGUGCCGUGUGAUACAGAGAGUACUUGAACACUGUAAGGACCCAAAGACCGAGAUCAAAGUGAUGGAAGAGAUUCUGGGGUCUGUAAGCAUGUUGGCACAGGAUCAGUAUGGCAAUUAUGUCAUUCAGCAUGUACUGGAGCAUGGAAAACCUCAUGAGCGUACUGCAAUAAUUAAAGAAUUGGCUGGAAAGAUAGUUCAAAUGAGCCAGCAGAAGUUUGCCUCUAAUGUUGUAGAGAAGUGUUUAACUUUUGGUGAUCCAAGUGAACAUCAAUUCUUGGUAAACGAGAUGCUUGGAACAACUGAUGAGAAUGAGCCUCUUCAGGCUAUGAUGAAAGAUCAAUUUGCUAAUUACGUUGUACAGAAAGUUCUUGAAACUUGUAACGAUCAGCAGCGUGAACUGAUCCUGUCAAGAAUAAAAGUUCAUUUGAAUGCACUGAAGAAGUACACAUAUGGGAAACAUAUUGUAGCUCGAGUAGAGAAACUUGUUGCUGCUGGUGAGAGGAGAAUCGCUGCUCAGUCCCCAAAUCCCGCUUAG